GCGAUGAUCAUACCACCACCGUCCGGAACCUCGCUCGCUCGGCCUCCUCGGCUUCUUCUUCUUCUACAACCACCACACAACAGCCGAUGGCCGCCAUGACGACCGCCGCUGCCGCGUCCUCGUUCAUCGGGACCCGCCUGCCGGAGGUCCCCGGCUCCGGCCGGGUCCAGGCCCGGUUCGGGUUCCGGACCAAGAAGGCCGCCCCCAAGAAGGCGGCGAAGCGGAGCCCGGACCGGCCGCUGUGGUACCCGGGGGCGACGGCGCCGGAGUGGCUCGACGGGAGCCUGGUCGGCGACUACGGGUUCGACCCGUUCGGGCUGGGGAAGCCGGCGGAGUACCUGCAGUUCGAACUGGACUCGCUGGACCAGAACCUUGCCAAGAACGAGGCCGGCGACAUCAUCGGCACCCGCUUCGAGACCUCCGACGUGAAGUCGACGCCGUUCCAGCCGUACACUGAGGUGUUCGGGCUCCAGAGGUUCCGCGAGUGCGAGCUAAUCCACGGCAGGUGGGCCAUGCUCGCCACCCUCGGCGCCCUCACCGUCGAGUGGCUCACCGGCGUCACCUGGCAAGACGCUGGCAAGGUGGAGCUUGUUGAAGGGUCAUCUUACCUCGGGCAACCGCUCCCAUUCUCCAUCACCACGCUGAUCUGGAUCGAGGUCUUGGUGAUCGGGUACAUCGAGUUCCAGAGGAACGCCGAGCUUGACCCCGAGAAGCGGCUCUACCCGGGAGGCAAGUUCUUCGACCCGCUCGGCCUGGCCGCCGACCCCGAGAAGAAGGCCACCCUCCAGCUAGCGGAGAUCAAGCACGCCCGCCUCGCCAUGGUCGCGUUCCUCGGCUUUGCCGUCCAGGCCGCCGCCACCGGGAAGGGCCCCCUGAACAACUGGGCAACCCACUUGAGCGACCCCCUUCACACGACCAUCAUCGACACCUUCACCUCCUAGAGUCCGAGCUUCAAUUUGUCCAGAAUCUGUGGCAAUUUGAGGAUGAAAUGUUUAUGCUAUGGUCUUUGACCCUGUAAAAAAAGAGUUCAUUACCCUUUACAAUGUUAAGUAGAAUGUGAUGUUAAAUCGCUAAAUCAUUUCGAAGCCAAA